UUCCUGCGUCGCGCUGACGCCACGCGUCCCGCGACUCCUCGCGCCUGCGCUGUGGGCGGAAGGUCGUCCCUGUGACCGGCUUGGCGGUUGGAGCAGCUAUCGCCAUGUUGUCGGUCGCCGCCCGCUCAGGCCCGUUUGCGCCCGUCCUGUCGGCCACGUCCCGCGGGGUGGCGGGCGCACUGCGGCCCCUGGUGCAGGCCGCGGUGCCCGCCACCCCGGAGCCGCCUGUGCUGGACCCGAAGCGGCCCAUCCUGUGCCGGGAGUCGCUGAGCGGCCAGGCCGCCCGCCGGCCUUUGGUCGCCUCCGUGGGCCUCAAUGUCCCUGCUUCUGUUCGUUAUUCCCACACAGACAUCAAGGUGCCUGACUUCUCUGACUACCGCCGCUCUGAAGUUUUAGAUAAGACAAAGUCUUCAAGAGAAAGCAGCGAUGCUAGGAAAGGUUUCUCCUAUUUGGUGACAGCAACAACUGCUGUGGCUGUCACAUACGCUGCCAAGAGUAUCGUCACCCAGUUCAUUUCCUCCAUGAGUGCUUCUGCUGAUGUGUUGGCCAUGUCGAAAAUCGAAAUCAAGUUAUCUGAUAUUCCAGAAGGCAAGAACAUGGCUUUCAAAUGGAGGGGGAAACCUCUGUUUGUGCGCCAUAGAACCCAGAAGGAAAUUGAGCAGGAAGCUGCAGUAGAAUUGUCCCAGUUGAGGGACCCACAGCAUGAUCUAGAUCGAGUAAAGAAACCCGAAUGGAUGAUCCUCAUAGGUGUUUGCACGCAUCUUGGUUGUGUACCCAUUGCAAAUGCAGGAGAUUUUGGUGGUUAUUACUGCCCUUGCCAUGGGUCACACUAUGAUGCGUCUGGCAGGAUCAGGAAGGGGCCUGCACCUCUCAACCUAGAAGUCCCCACAUACGAGUUCAUCAGUGACGAUUUGGUCAUUGUUGGUUAGAGACUUGGACCCAAGUCAUAGGCUUCUUUCAGUCUUUAUGUCACCUCAGAAGACUUAUUUGAGAGCAAGCCUUCUGUACUUGAAGUUGAUUUGAAAUAUGUAAGAAUUGAUGAUGUAUUUGCAAACAAUGUGAAGUAAAUUGAAUUUAAUGUCGAAUACUUUUAAGCAGUCACUUAAUAAAGCCACUGUUAAGCAUUGUUAUGCUUAGUCAUACACUUGAAAGGUACAAUGUCUUUUAGCUAAUUCUGAUUAAAAAUUACAGACUGGUGCAUAAGAUACUUGUGAAAUCUAUAACCGACUUUAUUCUCUUGUCCAAAUAUUUGUUUUCUGCAUUGUGUCCGGGACACACAUUCUACAAAGCUCAUUGUUGGGAUGAAGUAAAAUUAACGGGUCAUCUCCGAGUCCUGGGAGGGGUCUAUGGCAUUGGCAGAAACAGUAGUAUCUAGGUAUUCCUUAUUCACUGGAUUGGUAAGAGUCCGUCUAUGUGUUCCACCCCGCUCCCCCCACCCUCCCCACCACCACCACUACUGUGUAAGCUGUAUGAUAAUGUUACUCUAAUCUGUGGGAAAGAGUCCUGAAUGAAGCAUUAGUAGCUCUGAGGGUUUAUCUUCAGGUCUGGUGUGGUUUUUCUCCUUUAGUGACAGGCCAAGAAAUUGUGUUAUUCCCUUAUGACUAUAAAUGAGUACUUAAAAUCUUUUAGUCUUCAUAGGCAGUGGGGGCAUAUUAUCUGUGAGAAGCUUUCCAAAAUGAGAGUGCUCUGCCAUUUCCUUCAUUUGUGUGUGGAUCCUGCAUGUCCCCAAAGCUCCUGCAUCCACUCUAUCAGGAGGGAGAAGGGAACAUCUGAGACCUACUACUGCCUGUGUGCAGAAAUGGUCCUGCUGGUUUUGCUUCUGUAGUGAUGACAUUUUGAAUGUUUCUUCCUGUUGGGUUUACAGUCACUUUUCACUGUCAAAUGGUGUGGAAUCAGACGCAGAGCAGGUCGGAAUUCACAUCCUAUUUUCUGCCUCCAGUUAUGCAGGUGAAACAAGACUAAGGCCCAUUUUCCCCAGGGAGCUGAGAGUGGGCUUUGCCUUUUGAGAACCACAGCCACUUUUUGAUGUGCCUCUCUUUGCUGUUUGGAGGUGUGCCAGUCAUGUGCUUUACUGGGUCCACCUGAUGAUCUCAUGCACACUUUUGUAAAAGGGUAAAAGUGCUUAGUUUAGGUCUGCCCAAAGGGAACCGACCAUCCAGGAAUUCAGCCUUUGAUGUUAACAGGUGUUGACAGAAAUGCCGACAGAAAAAAGAAAAUGUCAAACUUCUAUGCUUAUGAGUAGAUAACUAGUCUGGUUCAUUUUUACCUUUCUAGAAGUGAAAGUAGCAUGUGUGAUAAUUGGUGGGACACACAACUAUUUUGUAUUUUGUGUCUCUACAUAGUGGGGGUACUCUUCGGAUUGGGGGUUGGAGGAGGGGAUGAUGGAAUGUGAAACAUUGAGUUGUGGGAGGAACACAGGUCCAAACACUGAACUUGUGUUGCCAAAAAUGUCAACAGCAUCCCUUCCCUCUAGAGAAAUACUGAUACCCCAUAUCACCUCCUACCCUGAAGUGAUACCUUGAAAUGUUUCAUAUUUGAAGUGCCAAACGUUACUCUGUUUGUGUCUGCAUGGCAAUGGAGGACAGAAGUAGCAAGUUUGAAGGACCCUAGCUACUCACCUAGUGCCAGAAUUGCUGUAUGUGGUGGCUGCUUACUUCGUCUUUCGUAUAUAUAAUUUUGAUUCUAAAUUCAUAUUUAGGAUUUGAUGGUGGGAUGCUGUUAAAUACUAGUGGCCCAUUUAGUUUUUAAAGAAAGCUUUGUUGCACAAGUGAAAGGGCAAGUCAAUUCACUUCAUACUACUUUGCUGAAUGAGCGCGGCAGACCUGUGUUAACUUUUUUACCAUUCUGUGAAAAA